GUGUCUGUGUGUCACGUAAUCUAUGAAUGGGAACCGCAAACAAAAACAAACAUACAUUUGAUUUGUUUGUCCACUGAUUGUGAGUCCGUUUGGCAGACACUGACCACAACCUCAUGAGCGCAUCGGUGGCAGCGAUGACCGAAUCGGGCGGUGAUGUCGACAAAGACUUCGCCAUCGAGUGCUCGGACGACGACAACUACGACAACAACUCUGCGGUGAAUACACGCGAAGUGAACGGACGGCGCGAGUGGGAGCCCAACGGUGCGGACAUACGGCGCCUGUACUCGCACUUGUCGGCCAGGGGUGUGCUUGAGCUGCGGUGGCAGUGCCCGGGCAGGCGUUCCCCUUCAGUGCACGGACUCGCACUCCACGGCAAACCGGACGCCACCGCCGACCCCAUCGCCGCCCAAACGGACGCCAAGACGGCCGCGAAGAAUGAGUUCGACUUCGAGUCCGACUUCAACGGCGACGACCACCAGAUGCCGAAGACUGUGGGCUCUGCCAAAGGGGUCUCCGCUCCGCACAAACGCCGCUCCACUGCAGGUCUUAAGAAGUCGCAGACAAACCUCACGUUUCAAUACUGGCGCAGCAACCCCACCACUUUGGCGACCACUUUGGCCACACCUACAGCUCCGGCGCCCCCAACCCCUCCCACUACAGACACCGAGCCCUCAGUGACUGUGAGUCAGUCAAUACCGACGACUAUUACAGACAUGGAGUCCAUGUCAUCUCAGGUCAGACUCGUGGCCAGCAACACAUCGACGACAAGCACUGGUGUUAGAAGUGAUUCGCCGACAGAUAUCUUAUAA